AUGAAACAGAUGACACAGACGACACUGAUGACACUGAUGACACAGAUGACACUGAUGAAACAGAUGACACAGACGACACUCGAUGAAACAGAUGACACUGACGACACUGAGAUAAUUGAUGAAACAGAUGACACAGACGACACCGAUGAAAACGACACUGAUGAAACAGAUGACACUGACGACACUGAUGAAACAGACGACACAGACAACACUGAUGAAACAGAUGACACUGACGACACGGAGAACACUGAUGAAACAGAUGACAGAGACAACACUGAGAACACUGAUGAAACAGAUGACACUGACGACACUGAUGAAACAGAUGACACAGACGACACUGAGAACACUGAUGAAACAGACGACACUGACGACACUGAUGAAACAGAUGACACAGACGACACUGAGAACACUGAUGAAACAGAUGACACUGACGACACUGAUGAAACAGAUGACACAGACGACACGGAGAACACUGAUGAAACAGAUGACACAGACAACACUGAGAACACUGAUGAAACAGAUGACACUGACGACACUGAUGAAACAGAUGACACAGACGACACUGAGGACACUGAUGAAACAGGUGACACAGACAACACUGAGAACACUGAUGAAACAGGUGACACUGACGACACUGAGAACACUGAUGAAACAGAUGACACUGACGACACUGAUGAAACAGAUGACACAGACAACACUGAGAACACUGAUGAAACAGACGACACUGAUGAAACAGAUGACACAGACAACACUGAGAACACUGAUGAAACAGACGACACUGAUGAAACAGAUGACACAGACAACACUGAGAACACUGAUGAAACAGAUGACACAGACGACACUGAUGAAACAGAUGACACAGACAACACUGAGAACACUGAUGAAACAGAUGACACUGACGACACUGAUGAAACAGAUGACACAGACGACACUGAGAACACUGAUGGAAACAGAUGA